CACUUUUUCACAGUUCAGUCAUCAUCGCCCUUUCUCUCUCCCGUCCACCCUCCUGCCCUUUUCUCCCUUUUCCCUUCUUCCUCUUACCCCGCCCUUUUCCAUGCCUUCCGACUCUUCCGAAAGACGUGAUUCGGCUUCGCCACCGCAAUCGCGCUCUGCUUCGCCUUCCAGUCAUGAUAUUCUCACCCUGCGCGCCCUCGUUAGCACCAAGGACGCAGGUGUCAUUAUUGGAAAGGCUGGUAAAAACGUCGCCGACUUGCGAGACCAGACCGGUGUCAAGGCUGGCGUCAGCAAGGUCAUCCCUGGUGUACACGAGCGGGUGCUCACAGUUACGGGUCUUGUCGAGGCCGUAGCAAGGGCAUACACUCUCAUCAUCUCGCAGCUCGUGGCCUCGAGUCCCUCGUCUCCCAUUCCUGCCUCGCCUUCCACCUCUCACACUUCCAUCCGUCUCCUUAUCUCGCACAAUCUCAUGGGUACCAUUAUUGGACGCAGUGGGCUCAAAAUCAAGGCCAUCCAAGACGGCUCUGGUGCGCGUAUGAUUGCCUCGAAAGAUAUGCUUCCGCAGUCAACCGAACGUAUUGUGGAGGUUCAGGGCUCUCCAGACUCCAUUGGGCAUGCCAUUGAGGAGAUUGGCAAGUGUCUCUUGGAAGACUACGAGCGAGGUAUGGGCACGGUGUUGUACCAUCCCGGAACUAGCGAGGAGCGUUCUGGGAACCGACGAUCUACGAACGGCUACUCCAGCAGCUCCCGCCGCUCUAAUGGCGACAUACGUGGUCAUUUAUCGCCGCCCACCUCUCCCAGCAUGGGGGCAACACCAAUGUCAGUUGCACCCGCCAAUCUGCGUACCCAGAAUAUCUCCAUUCCCUCUGACAUGGUCGGUUGUAUCAUUGGUCGGAGCGGAACGAAGAUUACAGAGAUCAGACGCCUAUCCGGUUCCAAAAUUUCUAUUGCCAAAGCUCCCCACGAUGAAACCGGUGAAAGAAUGUUCACCAUCGUCGGUACCCCCGAAGCGAACGAGAAGGCUCUGUUCUUGUUGUACAACCAGCUGGAGAGCGAAAAGGAGAGAAGGGUAGGACGGGAGCAGCCGCAGGAAUUGCAGGAUUAGUUCUGAUCCCUUUUCCUUACUCGCAUUGAAUGCGCCAAUUGCUGGAAAAUCAGCUUUCUAGCAUUGACGAUACUUGGGAUCUCACCAACGUCGUCUUCACCUUUUGUCCAUUUUACAGUAGUCUAAGUCUUCCCCCCUCUGUUCAUAUGUUCCGCCUUCCUAUCAUCUUGAACCGCCGACCCGCCAACUCUCCUCGUCUCGGACUGUCUCCCUCCUUGCUGUCAAAAUGCC